UCCAGUGGUCUUCUUUGAUGUCAGCAUUGGCGGCCAGGAGGUUGGUCUCAUGAAGAUCGAGUUGUUUGCAGACGUGGUGCCUAAGACGGCAGAGAACUUCAGGCAAUUCUGCACUGGAGAGUUCAGAAAAGAUGGUGUUCCAAUAAGAUACAAAGGAAGAACCUUCCAUAGGGUCAUAAAGGAUUUCAUGAUUCAGGGUGGAGAUUUUGUUAAUGGAGAUGGUACUGGAGUUGCUAGCAUUUACCGAGGCCCAUUUGCAGAUGAAAAUUUCAAACUUAGACACUCAGCUCCAGGGCUGCUUUCCAUGGCAAACAGUGGUCCCAGUACAAACGGCUGCCAGUUCUUUAUCACAUGUUCUAAGUGUGAUUGGCUGGUUGGGAAGCAUGUAGUGUUUGGAAAAAUCAUUGAUGGACUUCUGGUGAUGAGGAAAAUGUUCCCACAGGCUCUAACAAUAAACCCAAAUUGCCGGUGGUAAUCUCAGUGUGGGGAA